UAGUUGAGCUGUCUUCCUGAGGUUGUUUGGAGCCGCUGUGUCAUGGGUAAAGAACUCCCUAAAGCCAGUCCCAACGAGCCCGCACUGAAUAUCAAGAAGUCUGACAAAUUCUUCAAACACAAGAAGCCCACCAAUAAUGUGCUGGUCUUUUUGAUCAACAGACAACUGAGCAGGCACAGAAGUGACAUCGACCUGUCAAGGUGGCUGUGGAUGCUGUCAUAAAGCAACUCCAGGGUGGACAUGGCCUUGGACAAAAAGUCAUGUGGCUUAUGUGCUGAGACCUGCCCAGAAUUUAGAGAAAUUAAACAUAAUUAGAACAAUAAAGUCCUCCCAUGUUUGGGCCAUUUAAAA